AAACUCAGCAGAGGAUCUUCGUGAGUUGAUUCGAUUUUUUUCUUUCCUGGUGCUGUGGAACUUGACAUUUUGCCUACAUGGAGGAUUAUCACAAACCUGACCAGCAGACAGUGCAGGCACUGAGGAACAUCGCCAACCGCCUCCGGAUCAACUCCAUCAAGGCAACAACUGCAGCGGGCAGCGGACACCCGACAUCAUGCUGCAGCGUGGCUGAGAUCAUGUCUGUGCUUUUCUUCCACACCAUGAAGUAUCAUCCUCAGGAUCCCAGGAACUUCAACAACGACCGCUUCAUCCUGUCCAAGGGCCAUGCUGCUCCGGCCCUGUACGCCAUGUGGGUUGAAACAGGUUUCCUGAAGGAGACUGAGCUGCUCAGUCUGUGCCAGGUUGACUCGAUGCUGGAGAGCCACCAGACCCCGGUAAACUGUCACAAUACGACCAAUAACAACCUCUGGAAUCACCACAUGGAAACCAACUGUUGUGUGUUUGUGUUGUGCACAUUUCAGAAGCAGCGAUUUGUCGACGUAACCACUGGCUUCCUGGGGCAGGGUCUCGGUGUGGCUUGCGGGAUGGCCUACACUGGGAAAUAUUUUGACAAGUCCAGUUACCGCGUGUAUUGUCUGCUGGGGGAUGGUGAGAUGUCGGAGGGAUCUGUGUGGGAAGCCGUGUCGUUUGCCUCGUACUACCAGCUUGACAACCUAGUGGCCAUCAUGGACGUCAACCGACUGGGCCAAAGUGACGCUGCACCGCUGCAGCAUCACGUGGAGAAAUAUCAGAAACGUUAUGAAGCUUUCGGCUGGAACACUAUAAUUGUGGAUGGACACAGCGUGGAAGAGCUUUGCAAGGCUCUGAGUCAGCCACGCUAUCAACCCACUGCAAUCAUUGCUAAAACCAUCAAGGGCAAAGGAAUUCCAGCUGCAGAAGAUAAGUUAGGCUGGCACGCCAAACCUCUGCCCAAAGACAUGGCCGAGAUGGUUACGAAGGAUCUGCAGGGCCGCAUCACCAACAGCAGCAAGCGCUUGUACCCGACGUCUCCCACAGAGGACUCCCCACCGGUCAGCCUGAGAAACAUCAGAAUGCCAAGUGCCCCGAGCUACAAGGCUGGAGAAAAGAUUGCCACACGGAAAGCCUAUGGCACGGCUUUGGCCAAGCUGGGCCGCUACAAUGAGCGCGUGGUGGUCGUCGACGGAGACACCAACAACCUCACGUGCUCGGAGAUCUUCAAGAACGAGCAUCCCAACCGCUUUGUGGAGUGCUACGUUGCUCAGCAGAACAUGGUCAGUGUUGCCAUGGGAACCGCUGCGCGUGACAGGAACGUGGUGUUUGCCAGCACGCUGGCUUCCCUCUUUACGCGGGCCUACGAUCAGCUCCGCAUGGCAGCCAUUACAGAGAGCAACAUCAACCUGUGCGGCUCCCACUGUGGCCUCUCCAUCGGAGAAGAAGGCCCCUCUCUGAUGGGUCUGGAGGACAUCGCCAUGUUCAGGGCCCUUCCCACCGCGACCAUUUUCUGUCCCAGCGACGGUGUCGCGACAGAGAAAGCUGUGGAACUGGCUGCAAGCACCAAGGGCGUUUGCUACAUCCGCACCAGCCGCCAGGACAGUGCGGUCAUCUACAACAGCAAUGAGGACUUCCAUGUUGGACAGGCAAAGGUGGUGUACCAGAGCAAGGACGACCAGGUGACUGUGGUGGCAGCUGGAGUGACUUUGCAUGAGGCCCUGGCUGCAGCUGAGCAUUUAAAGAAAGAGAGGAUCACCGUCAGGGUCAUCGACCCCUUCACCAUCAAACCCCUGGAUGUCAAAACCAUCAUGGAUCACACACGUGCCACGCGGGGACGCGUCAUCACUGUGGAGGAUCACUACUAUGAGGGUGGCCUUGGGGAGGCAGUGUGCUCAGCAAUGGUCAAUCAGUCCGGCUUCAACCUGCAGCGUCUGGCCGUGUCUCACGUUCCCCGCAGUGGCAAACCUCAGGAGCUGCUCAAGGUCUACGGCAUCGACCGUGAUGCCAUCUCUCAGGCCGUGCGCAAGAUGCUCAGCAGCUCCACCAACGCCAAGUAGCAUCUUAUCCUCCUGUAGCACCCGCAUGCACGCCCGCCCGCCCGAUCACACCCCCAUACAGUCAAGUCUUAGUGUCCAAGUGUGUCCUACAAGUUUGUGCCAUACACUUUGAAGUAGAGUUCCACAAUUGCCAUUUUGUUCAUGCAUCACAUCCCAUCACAUUUACUCAUUAUACCUGCAUUUUCAUGGCCCCAGAUUAUCAUCAAACCUAAUAAUACAAAUGCCCUCACGUGUACUUCUAAAUUCUUGUUGAAGAACGUCAUUGUGUGUUUUUUUAUAUUGUUUUGAUAUAGCACCUUUUACAGGGCGGGGGAACAGUCUAAAAAUAAGUGUUGUUUGGCAUCGGUGUGAAAAAAUAAUUGAAUUAUGUCACUGUUUUUAGAGGGUAGUUAUGAAAUAAAAAAAAAAAAUGUAGAGUAGUCACACAGAAGCACAAUUCACACAUUCAUACUUUUUGUCUGUUUGUUAUUGACUUUAUAAUCACCAUAAACACAAACACCUCAGUGUUCAUCUGUGCCAGUUGAACCACAUGUAGUCAGAUGUGAUGAUAAACAACAUGGUCACUUGUGACCGUGAAGAUAGAGUUACGUGUGAAUCCAAGAUCAAACGCUGUGUUUGUUUUUGAAAUUUUGUAUGCGUCUUAGUUCCAUGUAAUAAAGCCGUCUGCAUUUGA